GCAUACUGUAACCUACGCAGCCGUAAAGUGGCGAUGGCGUUUUGUGUUUUAUAUUCUUUUGUGAAUAAAAUCUGGCGUUUAUGCGCGUUUUGUCGUCCGAUAUCAAUCCGUUAUUAUAAUUUGUAUCUUUUAAGAUAAAGCGAGAUAUAAUUGUUCCUUGUUAUAAUUAUAUCGAAGAAAAAUUAGGCCAGGUAAUACGAGAAUCAAAAAAAAAAUAUUAAAGAAGCCCUCGCUUAGAACAGCCGGCGAACGUGACUCAGUUUGUGCAGUAAAUGCAAUAUUCUGAUGUUAACGACAAUAUAUUAUUGAGAAUAGAAAUCGCCACAACACAUGCGGUAAAUAUUGCGUACAUACAAAACAUUCGUAGAAAUGUCAGACGUAGAAAAGAUGGAAGAUACUACAAUGGAUACGCAGGAUACUUAUUAUGAAAAUCCAAAAGAUAGUGCUGUAAAUGAAAGUCAGGAUUUUCAACUUGUUGAUACUGAUGAAGUAAAUUCAUCUACAAAUAAAUUAGAAAUUCAAUCUGAGAAUGAUAAUUCAAAAACUAAAGAUGAUCCGAAUACGCAACAAAGUCAGACACUCGAUGAGAUAGCUGAAGAUAAAACGAGUGGAUUAGAAAAGAAAAGUGAAGUUGUUGAAAGCAAUGAAAAAGAUAAUGUUGCGGAUGAUAGUUCUAAACUUGAUGACCAAAAGGAUGAUACCGACGAUGAGAAUGAUAUUGUCCAAGGUACACCUCCUAUGAUGUAUUCGCCAUCUAAAAAGGAGGCUCAUGGUACAUCUGAAAAAAUAGGUCUCAAACGUAAAGCAGAUUCUGUUGAUAAUCCUGUUACUAAGUUGUUAAGAAGUUCAUCCUCAGAAGAUGCUUUAAGUAUAGAAAAAAAUAAAGUUCAUAAUGAUGAUAGUCAUCAUUCAGAUAAAUCAGAUGAUUCUCAAUUAAAUAUUUCAAGAAAUUGUACAAUACCAGAUGUUGUAAUAGAAGAAACUCAGGAUGUAGAAGGUGAAGAACUUAUUGAAUCCAACGUGAAAAAUUCUGAUUUUGUUUUAAAUGAAACCAAAGAUGAUAAGAACUGUGAAUCAUGCCCUGUACAGAAAUGUUUAAAUAAAAAUGAAAAUAAUGGUAAAAAAACUUAUGAAAUAAAUCAAAAUGAAACUGUAAACAAUCCAAUUACAUCCGACACAUCUACUAAUAUAACUACUAUUACCACCACAGCUACCACUACUACUAGUACUGCUAUUACUACUAGUACUGCUAUUACUACUAGUACAAAUGACGAUAUUGAAAAAGAAAAUACUUUUGAUGUUAAUGUGACUAAGGUUAGCGACGAAAAAGAAUUAACUGAGAACAAAGAAAUAGAAAAUAUAGAAAUAUCAAUAACUGAUGUAACAGCAAAGAAUGAUUCAAAUUCCGAUGUAUCAAUUAAUUCUUCUAAAGAUAUAAAUGAAGAAAAAUCACUUCCUCCUGUAAAUAAGGAGGAUAAUAAAAGUUCAACAUCCAAGCAUAUUGACGAUGUUAAUUUGCAGAGUAAAAGUAGUACCAGUGAGGAAAUAGUAUUAGAUAAAAUAACAAUAAGUAAACAGCAACCUGUUGCAUCUACUUAUACAAACAAACCGCGUAUGAGCAUAGAAGUUGUUUUUGACAAAUCAACUAUGUCUCAAGAAAAGAAAAUAAAAUUACCAGAAUUAGUUGAAAUUGAUGAAGAUGGGGAGAAAAUUAUCUUGGAUUCGUCGCAGGAGAAUUCUAUAGGAAAACUUGGUGAAAAAGAAGUUUUUGAUACUACAAAUACUGAAAAUAUUUAUAAAAGUUGUUACGAAAAUAAAAAUAGUAAUGAUUUCAAUUAUAAAUCUUUAAUUAACACCAAAGAAUCGUCAGUAGAUUCAAAAUCUGAUAAACAUCAUUUUAAUGGAAAUAGUGAAUGUAAGAAAUGCGAUACAGAUGGUACGGCUAGUGUAGAAUCAGAUAUAUUUACUAAUGAGCUGCAUUCUACUAUUUUAAAAGGCGAUAAUGUUUUACGGUCUAUGAAUAAAGAAACGAAGACGCCUGCUUCGGUAACUAAAGAGAGUGAUAAUGCAGAUUUAAUAAGUGUGAGUGAUAAUGAACAUGAUGUUUCACUUAUAGAUGAUAAUGUUAAAAGUAAAUCUGAAAUAAGUAAUGCAAAUUUACUUGCAAAAGCUUUACAAGUAGAAAAAGAAGUCGGUGUGUAUGUAAGACUUAAAUGUUUAUUACAUAUUGAUGAGAGUACAAAAGAAUUUCUGAACAAAGAAUUAAUGAGUGUUCAUUGUGAACCUAUAGUAGAACUUUCAUCCGCACGCCAAAAAACAGAAGACACUUCUGCUUCGUUAGCUGAUAUUUCUGGAAAUGACAACAAGGAUACCUCGCCAGGAUCAGUUAACAGCAAUCCGCAAUUAUUUCAUUUAAAUCCUUCGAGACUUUCUUUCCUUUCAACAAUUAGUUCUACAAGUUCAGCAUCCAGUGCUGCUUCUUUAGUCGCUAAACUUGCAGCUAAAGAUACACAUUUUUCACUACCUCGAGGUCCAGCUAAACAUGCAAAGAAGUCAGUGUAUGAAAUACCAUCAGCACCACAAAAACAAAAUAUAGAUGAAUCUCAUGAGAGAUUAAUUAAAGAAUGGAAAAAUAACCGUUUAUUAGUAACGACCAUUUUGAGUUAUUUAAAUACAGAGGUUAAUACAAUUGAUACAUAUAACAUAAGUAAUGAAAGAUUAGAUGAUGUUUUGCAAAAAAUUAGAUGUUCUACGCCAGAAGAACAAGAAGAAAGGGCAAUGGAAACAGCAACACCCAAAAGUUCCAGAAAAAAUCGAGCAUCAAAAAGACCACGAAGUAAAAAUACCAGAACAGGUGUGCAAACGAAUGGAAUGUGCAAAAUUUCACCAAAAGAAUUGAUUUCUUCCCAAGGAAAUAACAGUACUCCUAGUAGUAGAAAGAAAACCAAAACUGAUAAAAUUGAUAGUGAUAUACCAUCCAAUAACACUGUUUCAUUCGUUAAAGAUUUAUCAUACAUUAAUAUAAACGAUGAAUUGGUUGGUAAAGAAGUAUUUGCCAAGUGGUCUGACAAUAAUUAUUAUCCAGGUACAGUCACGGAAAAAGUUAAGUUAAAAUAUAAAGUGAAUUUUUACGAUGGGAAAAAUAAAUUACUUAUAGAAGAUUUUAUUAUACCAAUACCAAAGACCCUGAAAGAAGGUUUAUCAGUAUACGCGACUACGGCAGAAGAUGAUUAUGGUUCCUGUGGCUUAAUAGUUGAAGUCCAAAAUACUAAUAAUGAUACAUAUUAUUCAGUAGAAACGGAUGAAGGAGAGAAAUUGCAAGUCCAGGUGAAAGACAUCUUUUUGUCAUCAGAUCAAGCGCAAGUAUUGAAGGAAGAAAUAUUUGUCAAAAUAAAUAAUCUUCCGUCUACGCCUAAGCUUUCGGGCCAAAUAACUUUAGACAACAUGGUAGAUGGAAAACGGCGUUCUAAAAGAAUUGCCACACCUACAUUUUCAACUCCAAAAUCUAAAAUAUUGGCUGGUAGUUCUAUUGAUAAAAAUAUUAGUAUAUCGGAACCAUCUGUUUCUGGUAUAGCUUCUAAAACUAAGAAGAGAGAUUCUUCUGAAAAUGAGAGUAAAUCUAGUGAUUCAAAUCUUUCUUUAAAAGAUGAAACUGUAUUAAGUGGCGUGCAACCAGAAAUUAUUGGGACGCCAAAUGAACAAAUUGUAAAAGGACCUCAGCAUAGAAUAAAAGGAAAACCACGAAGUAAGAAAAAAGCUGAAAAUGAAGAAACUAUUGCGACUUUGGGUCCUAUUCCAAACAACAAUUCUACUUUAUUUAAAGGCAUGUCAUUUAUUCUUACUUGUGCGUCAUUGGAAGUACUUGAUAGGUUUCAAGCAGAUGCUAAAGAUUCUGGUUCUGAGACUGGAACAGAAAAUGAAGAAGAAUGGGUCCGUAGACCAUUUGUAAGGGAUAGGCUGAAAACCCAAAUAGAAGCUGGAAAAGGUAAAAUUUAUGACGAGUUUGAUUUAAUACCAAAGGAAGAAUAUAAAAAUACAAAACUGAUUACAAAUGUGCCAAAUGUUACUGCAAAAAAUUUAUUAUGUCUUUCGGUCGGAAUUCCUGCAUAUAAUCAUAAUUGGAUUAUACAGUGUUGUCAAGAGGAUAAAUUAAUAAAUCCAGCAGGAUGGAGCUUACCUGCCGGAUGGAGUUUGGAUAAACAAUCUUAUAUUGAAGUUUUUCAAAGGCCUAGUAAUAAACCAUUAACUCAAGUUAUAGUAAUAAUUCCUAUUGUAGAAUCGGACAAAAAAUUUACAUCUUUCUGGCGCCAAAUAUGCGAAAAUGCAGGUGCUGUGGUUUUGCUGGUAGAUGGUUCAGAAAGUAUGGAAGGAUUUGCAGAAGGUACAGUAGUAGUUACUAAUCGCAGAUGUCCUUCAUGGGCAAUUACAAAAGCUGGAGAAUGGCAAUUACCAUUGCUUUCCACAACGUGGGUUGUUCAAUGUUUAAUUGAAGGCAAAAUCUGUCCAUAUGACUCUCAACUACGUUAUAAAUAUAAUUAUAUACAAAAUUAAAAUCCUUCCUCUCCAGCAAGGUGUUAUUGGCCAUAUCUGUAAGUACAACAAAUAUAGUUAUGAAUGGAAAAGAAAAAGACACAUUUUGUUUUUAAAUUUCAAAUGUUUUCAAAUAUUCUAUUUUUAUGUAUUUCUUUAUGUUUAUGAUUCCUUUGAACUUUGUGUAUAUAUAUAUAUAUAUAUAUACAUAUACAUAUAUGAAUAUAUACACACACAUACACAUCUUAAAGUAUAUACGUUUAAAUAUAUAUAUAUUAUAUAUAUAUAUAUUUGAAGUGUAUUUUCUUAUAAUAAUAAUUAUCAGACCACUUAUAAAAUAAUGUCUUUUAUCAAUCUAUGCUAAUCAUAUAUGAUAAUUCGCAACAUAUCUUUGCUAAAUAAAAUUUAAUUUAUCAAUAAAAUUAAAGAAAUUUAAAAAGAUGUUAUUAUUCAAUGAUCAUCUUGUCGAUGAGAAUAUUUGCUUUGUAUUAUUUUUUUUUAUUAUUGGAACUUUUAUCAUCACUUUCUACCAUAAAAAGUUAUAGCUUUUGAUAAAAUUAAAUUCUUAUUUCCUUCACAUUCUUUUUUUUUUUUUUUUUAAGGAACUACAGAAUAUUUUCUCCUUUCAUUAUAAUACUGACCUAUAAGGUAGAAAUUUAAUGGAUCUGUUUUUUAAAUAGAAUUUUUUUUUAUUACUUUUCUGUUCAUUCUCAGCAUAUGUAGAUUGUGAACAAUUAUAUUAUAUAGUUCAGUAUUCACAUGAACUUAUAUUUGUUCUAUGCUUAAUAAUGAAUAUUAAAAAACUAAAGAAUUUUCUCUUUUAUUUUUCUGAAUUCAUAUAUUAUCGUUAAUUCGUAUUAUUCAUUAUUUAAUCCUAUUUUCUAAUUUGAAAAUUUUCCAAAAUCAACAAAUUAGGAAUUAGAUAAAUACUUCUCUGUAUUUAUAGUACUUACAGUGUUGGUAUUGUUUCUCACAAAGCUGUAAUAUUAGAGUUUUGUAACAUUUUGUAUAAAAUAAAAUAUAAAUAUAUAUCAAUUUUAUAUGGUGAACGAGUUUAUUAUAAGGAAUGUUUAUAACGUCUUGAUUGCAAAUUGUGUGAUAUUGAAAUGCAACAGUAAAUCAUGGAAAUGAAUGAAACAUUUAUAAAUAAUUUUCAUAUAAAUAUACACAUAUAUAUAAUUUUACAAUGUUUUGUCUAUCUAUCAGUGUUCUUCAUGGUGCUUAAUACCAAUAUGGUAUUCUAUCAAAACAGGAAGUCUUAUAAAAGUGUCUUGCAGAUAUCUGUGACAUAAAUAACACUCGUAUUAAUCCUGUUAACAUAAAAUAAUAUGUACAACAUGAUUAGUUGAUUUAAUUUUACAACAAUAAAAAUCACAGGUGAGAUAAGUGUAAAUGUAAUAACAAUAAUAAUCGAAUUAACAUGACUAAAUUAGACUAAAUAACAUUUGUUAAUUACAAAUAACGAAAUGGUAUAAUCAUUUUUGAAAUACAUAUUAUCAACAAAAAAUUGCAAACAUAUAAACAGAUUUAUUAAAACAAAUUAUUAUUUGUACAAUUAAUACUAUCUCACUUAUCUCAUUGUGAUUUAUAUAUAAUAAAUUAAAAUGUGCGAUUUAUUGUAAUCUGACAAACAAUGUAUAAUAUCAAAUUAAAAUAUUUGUUAUUUUUUUAAUUAGUGAUUAUAUAGCAGUGUAUUUUUUAAAUAUAUAAUACACAAAGAUGUAAUACUUAUUCAUUUAAUGUAUAAGGUAUUACUAAAACAUAAUUUUAUUUGAUAUAUUAUUAUAUUUACGUAGAUAUUAAUGAAACUUACAAAAUAAAUUGAGUAUUGAAGCUUCCUGUUAAAAUGAUGAAAAAGAUAUGUGCGAGAAAGAUAUAAGCAGACUAUUGUAAGGAUCAUAUUUUCUCCAAUACUCGAAACUUCAAAUUUUUAUUAUGUUAAAUCCAUGCUGCAUUUCAAAAUUAAUUGGUACAUCGAGAAUAGGUGCACAUGUACGAGUGUGUAUAUAUAAGUAAAUAUACGAAUAUUUACUAUUUCUAAUACAUAAGUUGUAGCCAUUAUGUACAAUGUCUUUGGGAUAAAAUACAAUGACCUAUUUUGUCAAAAAAAUUUUAUUCUUCAUCAAUAAUGUACCCAUCAACUAAAUAUAUAUAUAUAUAA